UGUGUCUAAGCCACACCUGGUGACACUUUUGGAGCAAAGACAAGACUCUUCAGAUGUGAAGAGACAAGCAGCAGCCAAUGUGCAGCCAGAAUCACUCCAUCCUCGAGGGGUCUCAGAGGCAUCCAGUCUGAGGAAACAGGAUCAGCUGAGCAACUGGCAAGGUGAAGAAGCUGUGGCCUGUUCUGUCUCUCUGAUCGUCCAGCGUGACCCCAGUACCUAGCUCAGGCAACCAGAAUCCAAUCCACAAUAGUAGAAAACUCCAUGCCUGGUUUCCAAGAAUUCUUGCGCAUUGACUUCUGGGAAAUGUAGUCUGCGGCACUGUGACGUCACGGUGAGCCAUCCAGGAAAUUCCCUCCUGGACUUCAGUCCACACGAAAUGCUGUCCUUCUGGGAUGUGGCCAUUGAGUUCUCUGCAGAAGAGAGGGAAUGCCUGGAGCCUGCUCAGUGGAAUUUGUACAGGGAUGUGAUGUUGGAGAAUUACAGCCACCUUGUGUUCCUUGGUCUUGCUGUGUCUAAGCCACACCUGGUGACACUUUUGGAGCAAAGACAAGACUCUUCAGAUGUGAAGAGACAAGCAGCAGCCAACGUGCAGCCAGGAACAACAUUCAAUGAUUAUAAUGAUUACAGCAAGGGUAUUGACUGUAACUCAUUAAGUAUUCAAAGCCAGAGAAUUCAUACAAGGGAGAAACCCUACCAGUGUAAAGAAUGUGGUAAGGGCCUUAGUUCUUAUAAAACACUUUCCAUACACCAGAGACUUCAUACUGGAGAAAAAUUCUACACAUGUAAAGAAUGUCAUAAGACCUUCAAUACUGGCUCUGCACUUUUUAUACACCAGAAAAAUCAUACUGAUGAAAAAACCCACAAGUGUGAAGAAUGUGGCAAAUUAUUUUAUUAUCCUUCAAUGCUGAAGCAACAUCAAAGAAUUCAUUCUGGAGAGAAACCCUACAAGUGUGAAGAAUGUGGCAAAGCUUUUUAUGAAUCUUCAAUGCUGAAGCAACAUCAAAGAAUUCAUUCUGGAGAGAAACCCUACAAUUGUAUGGAAUGUGACAAAUCCUUUAACAAUCCUUCAGUGCUGAAGGAACAUCAAAAAAUUCAUUCUGGAAAGAAACCCUACAAAUGUGACGAAUGUGGCAAAUCCUUUUAUAAACCUUCAGUGCUGAAGAGACAUCAAAGAAUUCAUUCUGGAGAGAAACCAUUCAAAUGUGAAGAAUGUGGUAAAUCCUUUUACACUCCUUCAGUGCUGAAGCAACAUCAAAGAAUUCAUUCUAGAAAGAAACCAUGCCUGUGUGAAGAGUGUGGCAGUUUAUUUUCUUCAUUCUCAUCCCUUACUCAACAUCAAACAGUUCACUACAAAGACAAUCCCUACAAGUGUGCAGAGUGUGGCAUAAGGUUUUCCCAUUCUGCAAUCCUUCAGAAACAUAGUAAAAUUCAUGAAGAGAGACCAUACAAGUGUGAAGAAUGUCACAAAACCUUUCUUUAUCACUCAUCACUUAAGAACCACAUGGUAGUUCAUACUAGACAGAAACUUUACAAGUGUGAAGAGUGUGGCAAAUAUUUUUCCUCAGCUUCAUGCCUGAGACGACAUCAAAUAAUUCACUCUGAAGACAACCCUUACAAGUGUGAAGAGUGUGGCAGAUGUUUUUCCUCAGAUGCAUGUUUUAGAGCACAUCAAACUGUCCAUUCUGAAGACAAUCCUUAUACCUGUGUACAAUGUGGCAAACGAUAUUCCUGUUCUAGGGAUCUUCAGGAACAUCAAACACUUCAUACUGGACAGAUAUUGUACAAGUGUGAAGAAUGUGGCAAAGAAUUUCAUUAUCUCUCAGGCUUUAGAAGACACAAGGCAAUUCAUACUGGAGAGAAACUUUACAAGUGUGAAGAAUGUCACAAAUCUUUUCGUUAUCUCUCAUCCCUUAGGAAUCACGUGGGAGUUCAUACUGGAGAGAAACCAUACAAAUGUGAAGAAUGUAACAAAACCUUUUGUUAUCUCUCAUACCUUAGGAAACACAAGAGAGUUCAUAGUGAAGAGAAACCCUACAAGUGUGAAGAAUGUCACAAGGCUUUUUUUAUCUCUCAUCCCUUAGGAAACACAAGAGAGUUCAUAGUGAAGAGAAACCCUACAAGUGUGAAGAAUGUCACAAAGCCUUUCAUUAUAUCUCAUCCCUUAUGAGACACAAGACAGUUCAUACUGGAGAGAAUCCCUAAAACUGUGAAUAUGUGACAGAAGGUUCUCUUACUCUUCAUGCUUUAGACAAUAUAAAGAAGAAAGGAAAUU